AUGUCACCGACAAUAUUGUUUUACUUAUUAUUGUUAAUGUUAUCAUUAACAAAGGUAAAGACCACAACAGACGAAGCGUAUAAAAUCACAGUAAAAAGCUACAGAUCAAGGUUAACGGAAAGUGAUAAUUUGAAAAUUAUCUUGAAUUACAUUCGAGGCAAACAAAAAUUUUAUCCGUCGAUAUUCUCUCUCGUCUUUUCUGAUGACCGCUCUAGUCUCGUAGAUCUUUUGUCCAAAUACGUGGCAGGCGAAUCUAUUGUUAGCUACAAGAUUACGACAAAUGAUUUCUCACAAAAGUAUACAUGGCAAAGUAGCGUAGAUCUUACGUGGAUCUUUAUUGUCGACGAUAUGAAUAUCUUCAAUUCUUUUGUGUUUAAACAAAAUCAUAUCUGGAAAGCUGUUAAUCAAUACCUAGUAAUUAUUACUAUGCCAAAUACAACCUCGUUGCGCGAGAUUUUUCAGACAGUUUGGAAGACCUACGGCAUUUACAAGAUGGUCAUUAUUUCGAUAGAAGACGACUUUCGAUGCCUAAGUAGAUAUCUGCCGUUUGAGAAGAAUCGGCAAAACGAAUAUGGUAUCGUACAUAAGAUCUGUUUAAUGAACAAGAAAGAUGACAUUGAACUCUACGCUAACUUUGACAAUUUAAACGGGUAUCCUGUGCGCGUAGUCGUAUUUCCAUCUCUGAUGAUGAAGAUUGCAUCUGACGAAGACAUGACGAGUCCCAAAUACAGCGGAGUGGACGCGAACGCAAUGUUACUAUUAGAACGAGCGAUGAGAGCGCGAUUUGACAUUCAUGUAUCUCAUGUUUUUCGUAACAUUACUGACGAAUAUUAUGGAGAUCCAUUUCAACGUACUCUUCGAUACAUUGAGACUGGCAAGUCAGACAUGAUUGUUAUCAGCUUCUUUACUCACCGAUAUAAGGAUUAUCAAAAAUAUGAAUUCACAGCUAGCAUUUAUGAAGAUAAGCUAUGCCUAAUCGCGCCCACGGCCGGCUUUGUGCCGAAAUCUUACAUGCCAAUAACAUCAUUCGCGCCCAAGCUGUGGGUUGCUCUCGCGAUAUACAAUGUUUUCGUGUCUAUUCUAUGGUUUCUUAUCAAAUAUUACAGUGUCUCGUUUCGUCGGCAGGAGAUCGUUCUUCUUCCUCUGGCAAAAAUGACAGACAACGCUCUCUUACGGCGAUCAAAUCUACCGCCGAGAAUACAUCCUUACGUUUCGUCAUGUUUUGAUCUCUUGGAAACCUCGUGUUAUCCUUUGAAGGAGGAUGGUGGUAACGGUGUUGGUGGCCCAACAAUCUCUCAAAGAGCCUUCUUGAUCAGCACGCUUUUCUUCGGACUCAUUGUCACCAGUCUUUAUCAGAGUUGCCUCAUGUCCAGCUUGAGCAAUCCCUUUCAUUAUCCUGAGCUAAACACUUUGGAGGAUGUCGCUUCCUCAAAUUUUACCAUCAUUACCAAGUAUUACAACUUGAAAGAGAACACGUUCACAGGGAAUACCACUCUAGAUAACAAAUUGCAAAGUAAGAUUAAGAUAUUUGUCUCUGAAGAGCAUACCUACGACGUCGUCGCUUUUGGCAGAAAGACAAUCGCUAUUAACCGUUAUACUUCAGUCAAGCUGGGUGAUAUGUCUAAGUAUUACGACGUAGACGGCAACGAACUGCUUCACAUAGUUGAGGAAUGUCCGGUCACUUAUUUGUUAUCCUAUAUAAUGAGACUCCAUUCGCCAUACCGGGAGAGAAUCAACGGAUUAUUGCUACGGAUGCAAGAAGCGGGUUUCAUUAAUUUGUGGUAUGAGCGCAUGGCUUAUCCAUUGCAUGUAGCCGAGCAAAGAAGAAGAAUGGAUAAGAGUGAAAGGAAAAUUAAACUGACUAUGGAACAUUACUCUCUUACUUUCGUCGGACUUACAGUUGGUUUACUUUCUUGCACCAUUGUGUUUCUCGCAGAACUUUAUUUUGCCAAAAAAUCUCAGUCGCCGUAAAAUUCAAAAUCAUUCUCGUGUUACUUCUCGUUGGUACACACAGAAAUUGUGAUAUAUCAGAAUUAAACUCUGAUCAUUAAAUUAUUGAUCAUGCAUUACGAUACACCAACUCAUUUCAUUUUCAAUUGCUUUGUCCCUACUCGUCUUCAUUCUUUAAAGUAUUCAAAUUCACAAUUUCGAAAUUAGUGUUGUUAAUUUUGAAAAAUGUCUAAGAGAAGCGAAGCUUCGACGUCGAAGUUUAUCUGUCUUCAAAGUUUCGAAAAACACUCGUAUAUCCGUGCGAAUGAUAAAUUAAGGAAUGCAAAAAAAUAUUGUACAUAAAAAUAAUAUACACUUGUCAACAAAAAAUAGGGAACACUAAAAAUUAGGCUAUUUCCAAAUGAAUGCAGCACGGCGAAAAAUCAUCGCAGAUAAAAAAUG